AUGUUCUCCCCUCUCUUGUCUCGCGCUGUCCCCUCCCUCUCUCCCCUCCUCUUCCUCUUCCUCCACUCCGUCUUUGUCUCCAUAUCGGCCACCACACCACUCCCGCACCGAAAUCAGUGUUCCACAUACUACGAACUCCUCUGCUGCCGAAACUCCUUUCCCCAGAUGUCGACCAAGAAUGACUUUUGGGGGUACAGAUCACCCACUCCCCGCUAUCCGUUUAUUACAUAA